CGCUCUUCCCAUUUGAACCGGAAAUUACGAGUUCACCUUCGCAGUAGAGAGACGAGGCACAUAGUUCAAGCUUUGGCGAGGAUUUUAACAUACAAAUGAAAUAUAAAUGUCGCCUUAGCACAGCUGCAGCGCGUCUGGCUGUCCCAACGACUGGAAUAAACCAUGAAACAAGACGUGAGGAUACUUCUGUUGGGGGAACCCAAGGUGGGGAAGACUUCUCUCAUCAUGUCCUUGGUUGGAGAGGAGUUCCCUGAGGAGGUUCCAUCUCGAGCUGAAGAGAUCACCAUUCCUGCAGAUGUCACUCCAGAGAAGGUUCCAACGCACAUAGUAGACUACUCAGAAAAUGAACAGAGUAAUGAGACCUUGAGAGAAGAGAUCCUCAAGGCCAAUGUGGUUUGCGUCGUCUAUGAUGUCACCAACGAGGACUCCAUAGAAAAGAUCAAGACUAAAUGGAUACCUUUAGUAAAUGGAAACGCAGACAAAGGACAAAAAGUACCAAUUAUCCUUGUGGGGAACAAAUCCGAUCUGCGCUCUGGGAGCUCUAUGGAAACCAUUCUCCCUAUCAUGAACCAGUUCUCUGAGAUUGAGACGUGUGUGGAGUGUUCAGCUAAAAACCUCAAAAACAUAUCAGAGCUGUUCUACUAUGCACAAAAGGCAGUCCUCCACCCCACCGCCCCUCUGUAUGACCCUGAGGACAAACAGCUAAAAUACCUGUGUGUCCGAGCACUCAGUCGAAUCUUUUACAUCUCCGACCAGGACAACGACCGUGUCCUCAGUGACGCUGAGCUUAACUGUUUUCAGAAAUCUUGUUUUGGGAAUCCUUUGGCACCACAAGCCUUAGAAGACGUAAAGACCGUAGUUUGGAAAAACACCGGAGAUGGAGUGCAGGACAAUGGCCUGACCUUAAACGGUUUUUUGUUCCUAAAUACAUUAUUUAUCCAGAGGGGAAGACAUGAAACCACAUGGACAAUCCUUAGAAAGUUUGGUUAUGAUGACAACCUCGAACUGACUGAUGAUUACCUUUACCCCCCACUACGUGUUCCUGCGGGCUGUACCACUGAACUCAAUCAUUUGGGUCACCAGUUCCUCCAGCGGCUCUUUGAAAAGUAUGAUGAAGAUAAAGAUUCUGCGCUCUCAACGGCAGAGCUGCAGAAUCUCUUCUGCACUUGUCCCUACAUGCCAUGGGGCGCUGAGGUCUACAUGACUGUCCCGACAACCGAUGAGGGUUACAUAUCUAAUCAUGGCUACCACUGUCAGUGGAACCUUUCCGCUUAUCUCGACAUCCAUCGUUGCUUGGAGCACCUUGGAUACCUCGGCUAUCCUAUCCUCACUGAGCAGGAAUCGCAGUCUUCCGCAGUCACAGUGACGAGGGAGAGGGAUGUGGACCUAGAGAAGCGCCAAACUCAGCGGUCAGUGUUUCUGUGCAAGGUGAUCGGCCAGCAGGGGACGGGCAAAACAGCCUUUCUCCAAGCCUUUGUGGGCCGCAACACUGUGAACAAGGACGCUAACAGCCGCAGUGCCUUCUCCCCUUUCGCCAUAAACACUGUGCAAGUUGGCAAUCAAGAGAAGUACCUUAUUCUCAACGAGGUUGAUGUGGAGGCGGACUUCCUGAAGGCAUCAGAUGCCCACUGUGACGUUGCAUGCCUCAUGUAUGACACCAGUGACCCACAUUCCUUUGAUUACUGUGCUAGUAUAUACAAGCAACACUACAUGGAAGACAACAUUCCAUGUGUGUUGGUUGCAUCCAAACAAGACCUUCCUGAGGUCAAGCAAUUCCAUGGAGUGACCCCAGCUGAGUUCUGUCAUAAACACAGACUGCCUCAACCGUUGCCUUUUUCCUACAUGUUUCCCGACUCCAACAUCAAGAACAUCUACACGAGACUUGCCUGGGCUGCUGUGUACCCACACCUGAAUGGUUCAGACAUGAGCAACACAUCAUUUUGGCUGAGAGUGGCGUUGGGCUCAGCUGUGGUUGCAGUGCUGGGCUUUGCUAUUUACAGAGUGGUUGUCAGAUUGAAAUGACCAGUGACCAGCUGAGUGGUUUGUAUUUUUGUUGCUCCACCAUACUGAUCACAACUCCCAACAGUGUUCUAUCUGACCUGGUCUUCAAUCAGUUGGUUUUAAAAGUAGGAGUCUUAUUAUUCUUAAUUGUUUGUCAUUUUGCCAUAUGCAGCAUUUCCCUGCCUUACAUUUCCUUUGCCUUGCUUGAUGCAUUGAUACACAAAAGACUGAUGCUGUACCAAUGGGUGCUCUAUUAAAAAUGGACAAAAGACGGGAAAGUAUUUUUCAAUUGAGUGUUCAUGAGGUUGACAUGUUUUUAUACACAUGCCGUUUUUCCCAAGCUUGAUUCAUUUUACUCUUUAAAGUAGAUUUAGCAACCUAACAGGGUGUAUGUAUUCCUCCCAACUGGAACUACCAACCUGUAAAAUAAUUGUAUUUGCAGUAUGGAUGUGCACUUCCCACUGAAAGGGAAGCAUUGGCUGACUUUGCUUUGUUAAAAUGUGUGUUGCAGUGAAGCCUUGAAUGAAGAGGAAAUACUGUAUUUUGAUUUGCUGACAACCCUUAAAAAAUGCAAGAAAGUCUAUACAAAUGAGUUGCCCUUGCAAAUAUAUUUCCAUUUAACUGAA